CCUGUGAAUACAUCUAGAAGCUUGAAAAGAUAAUUCAAAAAAAAAAAAAACAUUUAGUAAUUAUUAGUAAAAUACCAAUUAGAUACUAGAAGAUUUAGGCGUUUAGAGUUUGUGUAAAAGCUCAAAACCCUAAAUAGUUUAGCAUAAUUCAUUGCUUUUCUUGACAAGAAAAGACUGACCUAAUAAUAUCGUCUAGAGUUCAAAAUCUUAGAGAUCUGACAGAGCUCUGAAUUGUGAAUCGUAAUGGUAAGCUAUACAUUGGUUUAAACUCGUUCCUUUUUGUCUACUUGUCAAAACCUCAAUCCUUUAAACUCUUGUGAUGUGAGAGAUCUCAAUCAGUGACUAGUAGUACUCAUGAAUAAAAUAUAAAGCAUCUCCUCUAAUAGGACUAGUAGUACUCAUGAAUAAAAUAUAAAGCAUCUCCUCUAAUAUAGAACUAGUAGUACUCAUGGCUCCUAAACCACUAAAACAGAACCUUACUGAUUGAUUGAUAGUUGAUUGAUAAUCACGAAUAAAUAUAUUUCAGGAGUUUUUUUCCUUUUUCUUUUACGGUAUAUCAAGAGUAUUUCCUUCAAGUAUCACUAUAUAACCUAGUUAGGCUCAAUUGACAAACACAUUAACCACCAACGCCAUGUCUUUUUCCACUGACACACAAACCUCUAACUUGAAUACUUCGGCAGCUGCCAUGGCUGCCGCAUCCCUCCUCUGUUCUCACAUCUCUACUAUAUCUAAAAAAUUGUCUGACACAACCUUUGCUGUCGACGCAUCAUAUCUUAUUUUCUCUGCCUACAUUGUUUUUACCAUGCAGCUAGGCUUUGCCUUGCUAAGCACUGGUUCUGUACGGGCAAAAAAUGCCAUAAACACCUUGUUUACAAGUAUCAUUGAUGCUGCCUCAGGUGCCAUCUCAUACUAUCUGUUUGGGUUUGCUCUUGCCUUUGGUACACCUUCUAACGGUUUCAUUGGUGGAAAUCAAAACUUCUUUGGCUUAAGCUCUUUUCCAGAAGACUAUCGCUAUGACUAUGGAUUUUUUGUUUUCCAAUGGACUUUCGCCAUCACAGUCUCUGGUAUAACAAAUGGAUCUAUGGCAGAGCGCACAAAGUUUGUUGGUUACCUUCUAUACUCCCCUUAUCUAAUUGGUCUUGUCUAUCCAACAAUCUCCCACUGGUUCUGGUCGAAUGAUGGAUGGGCUAGUCCAACACGGUCUGAUAAGAAACUACUGUUAGGCCCUGGCACAAUUGAUUUUUCCGGUUCGGGAGUUGUUCACUUGGUGGGUGGAAUAGCUGGUUUUUGGGGAUCCUACAUUGUAGGACCAAGAAUUGGCCGAUUCAACGGAUCAGGUCAAUGCCUAGCAAUCCAUGGCCAUAAUGCAUCUCUUGUAGUGCUUGGUACCUUCUUGUUGUGGUUCGGAUGGUAUGGGUUUAAUGCUGGUUCAUUCCUCACGAUUUUGAAAAGUUACGACCAAUCUCGUCCCUACUACGGCCAAUGGAGUGCGAUAGGAAGAACUGCUGUCACCACGACGCUAGCUGGAAGCUCGGCGACAUUAACCACCUUGUUUUGUAAGCGUCUUCUUGUUGGUCACUGGAAUAUUUUCCAUGUUUGUAGCGGGUUACUCAGUGGCCUUGUUGCCAUAACAUCGGGUUGCGCAAUUGUAGAACCUUGGGCCGCAAUCCUUUGUGGUUUUGUGGCGUCUUUAACUCUGAUCGGGCUAGAGGAGCUGGCUAAAAAACAUAGAUACGAUGAUCCACUGCUGGCUGCACAGCUACACGGCGGCUGCGGUGGUUGGGGAUUAAUCUUUACAGGACUGUUCGCCAAUGAAGAGUAUGUUAACGAAGUGUACCCUCUAGAAGGUGGUAGGCCGUAUGGUCUCUUUUUGGGAGGUGGAUCAAAGCUACUUGUAGCACAGAUCAUUGGGAUACUUGCGAUCGUCGGUUGGGUGACCUUAACGAUGGGACCAUUGUUUUAUUGGUUACAUAAGACCAAUCUUCUGAGAAUUUCCGAGGAGGAAGAGGUGGAGGGAAUUGAUAAAACAUGUCACGGUGGGGUCGCAUACAAACUGGAAAUGGACUAGACGAUGGAGUCCCUAGCCGGUGCUUGAUUUUUAUCUACUUACUAAGAUUAUUUUCCGUAAACAAAAUAUCUAAAGUGCGAAUUAUGUUCCACUACGAUGGAAGAACAUAUUGUAUUAGUAAAAAAAAUGACAAUGAAAAUAUCUUAUACUAGUAUU